AGCAAACAUCAGUUUGACGUUUGUUUGACAGAUGAAUUUUAUCAGGAUUUGAAGUUUUAAGCAUUUUAAAAAUGGAUAUUUAGCAAUAAAUUACAGGCAUGCGGCAAUUAUUUUGGCGCUGAAUUCAAAAUGGCGGUAUCCGCAUGUUGACACUUGCUAUUUGACAUUUAAAAUGUAUAUUGUGUCUUUACUGGUUGUUUAGUCUGUUCGCCUGUACAAUUCUCGAUUUAGUAUACAUGUUAGCUGAGUUAGGAGAAGAUGAAUUUUUCUGAGCUGUUCCGACAAACCAAUCAACUCUGCAAGUUUUCACCCGAUGGGAAAUAUUUGGCAUCUGUAACAGAAUUUAGAUUGAUUGUACGAGAUGUGGACACAUUCCAGAUACAGAACCUGUUCAGCUGUUUGGACACUAUACAGGUCAUUGAGUGGUCAGCAGACUCGCAGUUCAUCCUUUGUGGGUUGUACAAGAGGGGAAUUGUACAGGUUUGGUCACUAGAACAGCCGGAGUGGAAUUGUAAGGUGGAUGAAGGGUCAGCUGGGCUUUGUGAUGUCAGAUGGAGUCCCGACGGUCGUCAUAUACUGACCACAGCAGAUUUCAACUUACGAAUUACCGUGUGGUCUCUAGUUACCAAGUCAGUUUCCUACAUCCGUUACCCUAAGCAAUGUCAGAAAGGGAUGGACUUCAGUGUCGGAGGGAAAUACAUGGCCCUGGCGGAGAGACGUGACUGUAAAGACUACAUCAGUAUUUUUACUUGCAGUAUGUGGGAACUCGUCAAGCACUUUGAGACAGAUACAGAUGACCUUAGUGGGUUGGAGUGGUCCCCAGAUGGUAUGGUGCUUGGAGUCUGGGAGUCCCCUCUCUCGUACAAGAUCUUGCUCUACUCAGUAGAUGGGCGUUGUUUGGCUAAGUACAGUGCCUAUGAUAAUUCCUUGGGCAUCAAAAGCGUGGCAUGGAGCCCUACAAGUCAAUUCUUGGCGAUCGGCAGCUAUGAUGAAAAGGUGAGGAUCCUGAACCACAUAACAUGGAAAACAGUAGCAGUGCUUGAUCAUUCACCUGUCUUAGAGACCAAUAAUAAUGUUAUUGUGUACAAGGAGGUGGAGACACGAGUGCCACUGCCGUCCUCAGAGAAUAUGGAUGCACCUACUGCAGCACUUUUCACUGCUCAGAGCAAAUAUGAGGUGGAAGAUUUCCCGGUGAAGAUACCUGUAGUUAAGCCGGACACUACCAAAGCUAACCCUAGACUGGGUGUAGGCAGUGCAGCCUUCAGUUGUGACUGUCGCUACAUGUACACCAAGAAUGAUAACAUGCCCCACACCCUGUGGAUAUGGGACGUCCAGAGACUUUCCCUCUGUACUGUACUCAUCCAGGCUGCUCCCAUCAAGUGUGUGAGUUGGGACCCCCACCAGCCACGUUUAGCCGUGUGUACUGGUACCAACAAACUAUACAUGUGGUCCCCUGCUGGAAGUCUCUCCGUGGAGGUACCUGUUGAGGGUUCAUUUCCUGUCCAAUCGUUGAAGUGGCAUCCCGAAAGUAACACAAUUCUGCUGUUAAGUAAGGAUCAGAUGUGUGUAUGCUACCUUACAGACAACAAGAGUAUCAGCAGCUGACAGCCGUCUAGAUGAUCGAUAUAAAACCGUCCUGUAGUGCUAUACUAAUCUAUUAUAUACAACAUUCCAUGUUAUACUGUUCAGUCAUUACCAAAUUUACUUCAUUUUCCUGAAAACUUCUUCAACUACAUUGAUACAUUAAUACAGAUUUUCUGGGAAUGAGCAGAAAAGAAAGAGUUUAAACUGAAAUAAUCUGCAUUUGCUGAUUUUGGACAUCCUCUCCUACAAACUUUGAUAGGAAGCAAAUUGAUUGGGUAUCAAGUUUGGGUUUUUCAAUGACUGGAGAUGGGAUUUUUCAAUGACUAGAAGUGAAUUUCACACUUUUGAAAAGAUGUGAAAUCAAUACUUUGUAUAUAUAUAUAUCUAUAUACAUAUAACAUAAACCUGUACAUUCCAGUUCAACACUUCUGAAAAUCACAUACUGAACAGCCAAAAGAUGGAACAGUUUCUAGGGAAAUCAGAUUUGAAUAAACGAUGGGUCUCUGCCCCUUGGGGCCUGCAGGAGCAGGGCCCAAUAGGGGAAACAGAACAAAUUCUUUAAAAUUCUACUCCUCCUGUAGGAAUGAUUGAAUUUUGCCCAAAUUUGGUCUGAAGCAUUGUUGGGGGAGGAGAAUUAAUGUUAUAUAGACUGUGGGUCUUGGCUCCCUCGAGUAGAGCCUAAUAUUACAAAUAGGGCAAAUUCUUCAAAAUCCUACUUCCCAAGUAGAAAUGAUGUGGUUUGAUUUUGGUCUGAAGUAAGAAUGGUUUGGCUGACCCCCCUCAAGGACUGAGGUGUGGGGUCCAAAUGUAAGGAAGCAAUUUCAGCCUAGCAAAACUAGGUGAGCAGCAAUACAGGCCCUAUAGGCAUCUU